AUGCUCAUCGGCAUCACUGGCCCAAUCUGCUCCGGCAAACAUACGACAGCAGAAUAUCUGGUUCAACAUCAUGGAUUUCUACGCCUACAUCUGCCGACACCGUCUCAACUACAGCCCGCCAUAGCUCAGCAUCUAUCAACUACAAAUGGCAAGGACACCAACUCGAGACACGAACCUUUUGCACAUCUACUCCCCAGCGUCACGGAUCAAAAGGGCACGAGAGGCCUCACCUUUCCUGACGUCGAGGGCCUACUGGAAUUCGUCACGAAACGGUGGCGAGAACAUUGGGUUUUGACGGACAUUUACGACGAAGCCACACUGGAACUUUUGCUCAGACGACCAUUCUUCAUGCUACUCAAUGUCGAAGCGCCUGUGGGAGUGAGGUACCAACGAUUCAGCGAACGUUGCCAUCACCGAAGACUUGAACCUCUUCCCUUGUCCGACUUUAUACACUACAACGAUCUCCACCUAUACGGGACUCAAGCUCACCAUGGUUCUGCCGCCGAAACUUCCUCAUCGUCAGGAUUCACUUCGGGAAUAAUCCACCUCACUUCCCGUUCUCAUUUACACAUUGUCAACAUUCACUCCAGUGUCAGGAGUUACUCUACUUUUCUUUCGACGCUCGACCUACCAUCUCCUGACCGUCUUCGUCCUACAUGGGACGCAUACUUCAUGACCUUGGCCCACCUCGCGUCCCGGCGGUCCAACUGCAUGAAGCGCCGCGUGGGUUGUGUGCUGGUCCACAACUCCCGCAUCAUCUCGACGGGUUACAACGGAACGCCUCGCAAUCUGAGAAACUGCAACGAAGGUGGUUGCGCUCGGUGCAACUCGGCCUCGACGGGGGGUUCGGCUCUGUCGACCUGUCUGUGUCUUCACGCCGAAGAAAAUGCCCUUCUCGAGGCAGGCCGCGAGCGCAUCCGGGAAGGGUGUAUCCUGUACUGCGACACUUGCCCUUGUCUCACUUGCAGCGUCAAGAUCGCCCAGGUCGGUGUCAAGGAGGUCGUCUACAGCCAAACUUACAACAUGGACGAAGCCAGCCGGAAAAUUCUGAACGAGGCCGGUGUCGGGUUGAGACAGUUUGUCCCUCCGCAGAGCGGCCUGGUGGGCUUCAAUUUUGUACCGGACGACGACGAGAUUGACGGUGGUGAUGAUAACAAGGAUGGGAUGGAAAUGGUGCUUAGAAACGGGACCUCGAGAAGAAGCCCAAAAAAUUGA